AUAUUUAUUAUGCAAUUUCAUUUAAGGCAUUCCUCUUUCAUAGAGAACUUUCUAACUCAAUUUGAUCCAGAGAAGUAAAAUUAAGUUAUUGAAUUCUUAAUCACAAUGGGAAUAGAUUUAGCAAAUAAAACAGGAACAAGAAAUGCAAAAGAAUUAUACUAAUUAUUAAAAUAACUUUCAAGUACAUAUAAAAUAAUAAAUUAAAGAAAACAUCAAAGAACAAACGUAAGGGGAUAUAAAAAAUGAAAUAAAAACAAUUUAGAAAUAAUUGAGAGACUUGAAUGAUCUAAUUUAAAUAUCCUAAAGAGAGAAUAGAAAUGUUUAAAGAACACAUAAAAAAUAAUAAUUUAAUAAGAGUCACUCAAAUAGGUAUGAAUAGUAUGAAGACAAUCAUAUCCAACCACCUAAUUAUUAGAAUACAUAUUAAACAUACAAUACAUAGAGAUCACAAUCAAAGUCUCCAGUAUAAUAUAGUGAUCAUACACCUAAUAAGUUAAAGCAUUCUAGAUCGCAUUCCCAGAGAAAUCUAACUCCAAAAAUAACUGAAUCUCCUCCUCCCCCAUAAAUUGUAUACAUUAAUAAAAUAAAAAACAAAUAUGAUAUUAAACCAUAAUUUGAUGAUAGAUAAAUGUAAGAAUUCAAUCUGUUUUUAGUAAAAAAUUAAUGUAUGGAGAUUAAAAAUACUAAGACAGAGGUAGAUAUUUUGGUAAAAGUCCUUCACCUUAACAAUUGAUAUACUCAUCUUAAACUAGUGGAGGUUUAUCAUAUAGACAAUAUCCUAUAUAAAUGAUUCCUCCUCAUUAAUCUGAUAAGUAGAGAUAGAAUAAUACUUCACCUAAAAAAUUACCUGUCUAUCUUCAAAAUGUAGAAUCUAAAAUUAAACCUUUGGUUGAUUAAGAUAAACUCUAAUAUAAAGAAUCUUAAAGAGAUAGGGAUAAUAAAAAUAAAAACUUAGAUGGCACUGUAAAAAAAUUAAAUAACAAUUCUUUGCAACAAUAAAAUAGUGCUGAAACUGAUACAUUCUUUGAUAUACAACAAUAUAUAUAGGAUUAAAAGAAAUAUUAAUUUUCUCCAGUUUAAGAAAUGAAUGAUGAUGGAAGAAAUGAAGAUGAUGAAGCAAGUGACGACUCAUUUUCUAAUUUUAGUCCACCUAAUGAAGAAGUAAAAGAAUUCUUUUAAUAAGAAUAUCUUUAAUAACGUAGAUGA